CUUUUUUCAUCAUCUUCAUUGUUAUUCUUAGGCUUAAGUCCUUCACAUUCCUAGCUAAGAAAAGAAAAUGACAACUCAAUUUGUACUAACUUGUCUUGUUUUUAUGUGUCUUGUUCUUGGUGGAGUUGCUUGGGAUACAAGGAAUGAAGACUAUUCAAGAAAUGAAGACGGUGCAAGGAACGAAGACUAUUCAAGAAAUGCUUGGGGUGCAAGGAACAAAGACGGUGAAAGGAAUGCUUGGGGUGCAAGGAACGAAGACGGUGAAAAGAAUGAAGACGGUGCAAGCAAUGCUUGGGAUGCAAUUAAGAAUGUUUGGGGUGCAAGGAACUCAAAUGCACCACGAAAGAACUACUAUCAAAGCACUCAUUGUCCAAAUGUUGAACAACUUAUUAGAGAUAUCACUUGGAGCAAAGUUGCAAAAGACGCUACCUUGGGUGCUAAGUUGCUUCGAAUCCACUACCAUGAUUGUUUCGUUAGGGGUUGUGACGCAUCCAUAUUGCUGGACAAAGUGGGAACAGAUGAUUCAGAGAAGGAGGCUAGGCCAAAUCUCUCAUUGGGUGGUUUCGAGGUGAUUGAUGAUAUCAAGCGAGAAGUUGAGGCUAAAUGCCCUGGCAUUGUUUCUUGCGCAGACAUUUUAGCUUUGGUUGCUCGUGAUGCUGUUUCUUAUCCCUUUAAAACUUUAAUGUGGGAAGUGGAGACCGGAAGAAAAGAUGGGUUUGUUUCCCUUGCAAGUGAUGUGAACGGAAACUUACCUUCACCAUUCUCAGAUUUUGCAACCCUUAAGCAAAUCUUUGCAAACAAAGGCCUAAAUGUCGAUGAUCUCGUUGCAUUAUCAGGUGCUCACACAAUUGGUGUUGCUCAUUGUGGAGCAUUCUCAAGGAGACUCUUCAAUUUCACUGGCAAAGGUGACAUGGAUCCAUCUCUCAAUGCUACUUAUGCUAAAGAUUUGAAGGAUUUUUGUCCAAAUCCAGCCAAUCCAAAUACUACUGUGGAAAUGGACCCUAUGAGCUCAACUUCAUUUGAUAGCAAUUAUUUCAACAUUCUUAUUAAUCAGAACAAAGGGUUGUUCCAAUCUGAUGCUGCCCUUCUCAAUGAUAAAGACUCAGUAAUUGUCAUCAAGAAAUUGCAAGAAGAUGAGACUUUCUUUUCCCAGUUUGCGAAAUCCAUGCAGAAAAUGGGAGCCAUUGAACUUCUUACAGGAAAUGCUGGAGAAAUCAGGAAGAAUUGUCGCGUCAAAAACUAAUUCAACCUAUUAUUAUUAUUAUUAUAUCAUAUGUAUAUGUUGUCGCAAAAGUGUACAACAUGAGUCUCUUUUAUUUAUUCAUUUUGUUCUUUAAU